AUGAGCACCACGUUCGCCCAACGUUGGUUACGACCGGAGGUGUACCCGAUCUUCGCCGCCAUCGGUGGAGCCGUGGGAUUGUGUGGAUUCUUCUGCACCCGCCAACUCGUCGCGAGCCCGGGGUUCACGGCGGCGAAAUCUCGACGCAUGGCUGGGAUCCUCGAGACAAAGGCUGACUUUGACGAAGGGAAAAAUUGGCGCGACCACCGCGUGCGACGAUUCCUGCGCUCGAUGUACGGCGGUAAAGGACACGGACCGCAAAUUUUCCCCGGUUUGAACGAAUCUUUCGGCGGAGGACAACACUAG